AUGACAAUUAUUGAAUCUAUUUAUUCAUUAUCCCCAGCAUUAUCACCAAAAACUGGACCAACUAACUCAAAUCUUACUCCAAUAAAUGAUCCAUUGUUAUUAUCACCAAAUCCAAGUGGACUACACGGUGGCGCAUCACCAAACCUAAAAGCUUGCCUUAGAAACAAACCCUUACUCAUAAAUUUUGAUCUUAACAUGACUACAAUCUCAUUCAAUUUCAAUGGUCCACAUUGUGGUUGUAAUUAA